UGGAGGAGGAGGAGGAGGAGGAGGAGGAGCAGGACCAGCACCCGCUGGGAGCCAGCCGCUCCGGGUACGUGUCCAGCAGGUAGGACAGAGCCCAUCUGGAGGGGUCACCGUGCAGCCCAGCACAGCUUUGCCGCGGCAGACAAACGUGGUGCCCCACAGCAGCAGGACUGUUCCCCAGAGACGAGGCAGAAGAUGAGUGGACAUCCUCAGAACAACGAGGGAAGCAACAUGGGCAGCAACCUGAUUGCAGGUGGACACAAAGAGAUGGGUGGUGGUGGGAGUAGCUUCAUAGCUGGAGUCUUCAUCCAGGCCAAGAACAAGAAGAUGAGUAUCUAUGAUGCCAUGAUGAGGGGCAUUCUGACGCCAGGGACAGCCCUGGUGCUGCUGGAGGCACAGGCUGCUUCAGGGUUCCUCACCGACCCCGUGAGGAACGAGAAGCUGUCGGUAAAGGAGGCACUGGCUGCAGGACUCAUCGGCAGAGAUUUUUAUGAGAAGCUGCUGUCAGCGGAAGGAGCUGUGAGAGGGUACACCGAGCCCUACACGGGACACAGGAUCUCCCUUUUCCAGGCCAUGAAGAAGGAGUUUAUUGUCAAGGAGCACGCUAUCCGCCUGCUGGAGGCCCAGAUCGCCACCGGUGGCAUCAUCGACCCUGCCAACAGCCACCGGCUCCCUGUGGAGGUGGCCUACCAGCGCGGCUACUUCGACCAGGAGUUGUACCAGUUUCUUUCUAACCCAAAGAACCAAACGAGAAGUUGCUUUGACCCCAACACACAUGAAAACCUCACUUACACACAGCUGCUCCGCCGCUGUGUCCCCGACGCGGACACGGGGCUGCUCAUGCUCCACGUGCUGGACAAGGGCUCCGUGCUCUACCAGCUGAACAAGGACGCGCGCAAAGCCCUGCAGGCCGCCCGCACCAGCCUCAGCGUGGGGCUCUUCCAGGGCCAGAGCGUCACCGUCUGGGAGCUGCUCUUCUCCCGCUACGUCCCCGACCACCAGAGAGAGGAGCUGCUGAGGAAGUACAAGGCGGGGACAGUGACCAUCCCAGAGCUGAUCACCCUCCUCACCACCAUCAUCACCGGGGCAGAAAUGGAGAACGGGGAUCUGGGCUCCUCCACAGUUACACCCAACAACGAGGUGGGAACAUCACAACCAGUUCCCGACACGCACUCCCAGGAGCAACAGCUGAGAAAGUCCUUGAAGUCUGCAACCAUCUGUGUCACCGCUGGCGAGUUCCAGGGGCAGAACGUUUCCUUGUUGGAUCUGCUCUUUUCCAAAUACGUCCCUCAAGGGAGGCGGCAGGAGCUGCUGGAGCUGUACCGGGCAGGGAUACUGACCACGGAACAGGUGGCCACUGUGGUCACCACCAUCAUCAACAGAACAGAAGCUGCAAAUGCCACGCUCGUGGCAAACGCCCGAAGUCCACACAAGGCAGGGACAAGGGCAGGGGAAAAUGGAGACGACUUUUCAACACAAGAUGAAGAACUAGAUAACAUCUUGAAGUCUACCACCAUUGACAUGGCAGCUGGUGAGCUCCAGGGCAGGCAGGUCGCCGUGUGGGACCUGCUCUUCUCUGAAUACAUCCCUGAGGAGAAGAGGCAGGAGCUCCUGCAGCUGUACCAUGAACGGAUCUUGACUUUGGAGCAAAUUAUAACUGUUGUCACCGCUGUCAUUAAGAAAAAAGAAUCUACAAGCAGAAAAUUCCUGAUUUCAGUCAAGACUUCCAACAAGGACACUGUGUCAGAGGCAGGAGAGAAGGGUGAUGACUCCGCCAAAGAAGAACCAUGGGAAACAGCCCUGAAAACCACAGUCGUUGACAUGGAAGUCGGAGACUUUCAGGGCCAGAAGGUCUCAGUGUGGGACCUGCUCCACUCCAAGUACAUCCCCGAGGAGAGCAGAAAGGAGCUGCUGGAGCUCUACCAGGCAGGAGAGCUAACCCUGGAGCAGGUGAAAACUGUUGUCACCACCAUUGUUACCAAGACAGAAGCGGCAAAGGCAGAGGAACUGACAACCACGAGUAGUCCACGGGCAGUGUCACCAGUCGCUGAGGCUGAGGACACCAGCCUGCAGGAGGACAGGACCUGGGAAGACACCCUGAGGUCCACCACAGUGGAGGUGCCGGUGGACGGGUUCCAGGGCAGGCAGGGCUCCGUGUGGGACCUGCUCUUCUCUGACUAUGUCCCUGAGGAGAAGAGGCAGGAGCUCCUGCAGCUGUACCGGGCAGGGACACUGGCCUUGGAGCAGUUAAUAAUUGUUGUCACCACCCUCGUUAAGAAAAAAGAAUCUACGGACAGGAAGUUCCUAAUUGCAGUCAAGACUUCCGACAAGGACACCGUGUCAGCGGCAGGAGAGAAGGAUGAUGACUCCGCCAAAGAAGAACCAUGGGAAACAGCCCUGAAAACCACAGCCGUUGACAUGGAAGUCGGAGACUUUCAGGGCCAGAAGGUCUCCGUGUGGGACCUGCUCCACUCCAAGUACAUCCCCGAGGAGAGCAGAAAGGAGCUGCUGGAGCUCUACCAGGCAGGAGAGCUAACCCUGGAGCAGGUGAAAACUGUUGUCACCACCAUUGUUACCAAGACAGAAGCGGCAAAGGCAGAGGAACUGACAACCACGAGUAGUCCACGGGCAGUGUCACCAGUGGCAGAGGCUGAGGAUGUGCACCUGCAGGAGGACAGGACCUGGGAAGACACCCUGAGGUCCACCACAGUGGAGGUGCCGGUGGACGGGUUCCAGGGCAGGCAGGGCUCCGUGUGGGACCUGCUCUUCUCCAGGUACAUCCCUGAGGGGAAGAGGCAGGAGCUCCUGCAGCUGUACCGGGCAGGGUCACUCUCUGCUCAGGAACUGGCCAGCACCGCCAGCAGCAUGGUGACAGGCAGCCAGGAACAGCACCCCGCGCCCCUUGCCCAGCACACAGUGGAUCUCCUCCAGUCCGACGGCUCCUACAUCACCUUGGGCCCAUUCCAGGAGAAGAGGGUGUCGGUGUGGGAGCUCCUCUCCACCAAGCAAGUCUCUGAGUACAAACGAGAGGCCCAUCUUGACACCUACGGCACAGGAGGGCUGACCGUGAACAGGAUCACCAUCACCACCACCGUCAUCACCGGCCCGCAGCGCCAGAAGAGGCACCACCGGGACCACUAGCACCAUGCACGGCGGAGCAGCGAGCUCUGCGUCCCGGGGCGGCUCGGGCGCCGGGGCGGGUUUGCUCCCCACAUCACCCAGUGGGAGGGUUUGGUCCCCACAUCACCCGGUGACAGGCAGGAAAGAGCGGUGACAACCCGGCGUGCGGGACGGGGCCGUCCCCUGGUUAAACUCUUCACUGUCUCAA